ACAACAUUGCACUGUGUCAGCCUGAUGUUAGGGCGCUCAGAAAAAUGGUGGGCACAAGGAGCGGUAGAGGAAGUACCCCGGCUCCCAACAACACAGCCAAAUUUAUCCCUGGUCUCUCUGAAGCAUCACUGCCUCCAAUCCAGCGGCCUCAAGAUUGGGACCUGGCCAGAGAAAACAGCCGCAACCCCAACCUGCUUCGUCCACCUCUGAGGCCCCACAACCGAAAUACCGGUGCCAGAUGCCAUCUGUCAAAAAACAAACAGUAAAAUCCCGCAAUUUUAGGGAUGGAUCAAAUAUCAAUGGAAGGAUUAGAAAAAGAACUACAAAGGCUUUUCGCCGGCGGCACCUCUGAUGAUUACGUAAAAUGUGCCGCAAAGAAAUUAACUGACUUAACAGGAACUGACGUCGCAGACGUUUUCCAGAAGCUAGCAUAUGGAGUUGAUAUACUGUCUAAAUUGACUGGGUGCUCUACAGUACCCGUAUUAUCGUUUACACUUUCCUUGUCAGCUCUGUCUUCGAUGUUCAAGAAAAUCGGAUCAAAUCUAAAAUCUGCUGAUGCCCCUGUAGAAGAAGAUAGUAUAUUUGUAGCAUUAGAACGCUACGGAGAUUCAGAGUUAACAGCAGAAGCAGCUUGUUUGGUUGAUUUGCUUUUCAUUAAAAAUGCUUAUUUUGGUGAGAUCAACGAACAAGCUCACGAAAAUAUUGUUAACAGUUUGGAAGACAAAUUUCCAACCAACGACAUAGUGAAGUUCAUGGGCAAACUGAAAGCAAAAACGCACGAGCUACUGACGACGUCGGAUCCACAGUCUGCCCGCCGGGCAUCGGUCUAUAUCAAUCUGUAUUUUCGUUUGGCAAAUCUCCGUACGAUAGUGUUGUGGCAGGUUUUCUGCAUUAAACAGCGAAGCAACUAUGAUCAGCAAAGUACUCGAGGGGUUCUCGCCAUGAUAAAUGAAGGUAAAAAAUCAGACAUGGAAGUUAUGAGAUAUGUAACGGAAACAAGUUUCCAAAAAGCAGUGUUUCAUACAAUAUUCCACCCGACAAAAAACGAAAAUUUUAUGCAUUUUAUUUGCAUUCAUAGAAUAAGAAUUCCAAGCUUAGGUCAUGAUAAAAAGUUCUGUCGUCGGAAACAUUUCAUUCGCUCUUCAAAAUUGCCGGACAAUAGAUUUGAAAUGAUGUCACCUAAUAGGGAUUUUAUUGGUGGAAGCCAAAACUCGUCUUUUGCUUGUAAAUUUUAUUUGGAACCGGUGCGAAAUCGGAAGUUGGACGGUAUAUUUUACAUGAGAUCAGUGAAGUGGUCAGACUCCUACGUUUAUAUGGACAAAGAUGGAAAGUGUGUUUCUGUUUCAGACAAACCGGGGUCCGAAGGGCAAUGGAAGGUCGUCCGAUUGGGAAAUGAAGGGCUCCUGCCGCAGUUCUUAUUUUCCUCCAUUAAAUGGCCCUGUAAAUUUCUGUUCUUGAAAUCGUGUUGGAGAACCUUUUCUAUAGAGGGCACGGAAAAUUUGAAAGCAUCAAAGGAAAACUGUUUGUGGGAAAUUCUUGACAUAUAGACAGCUCAAGAUUUUUAGAAUCAUAAAUACUUUAUUUUGCAUUAAUUAUUAUCGUUCAUCGUUUCCAAAGAUAAGAAUAUCUGCAAAUGGAAAGGAUACCCAGGAUUAUACUGAUAUACAUGUAUUUGUUGUGUGUUCUGGGAGUUUGGAAGAGAUUUGUAAGACCUACAUAUUAUGCACCUAUAUAAUGUAACUACUUAAAACAUGUUAUUAGCGAUCUGAUUUAAAAUGCAAUUUUAGAUGUAAAAUUUAUAUGGAAUCUUUUUGAUAUAGCUAAUGAGUAAAGCUCGAUAAUCGUUUGUUAUUUGCAUUUUUGUCUAAAACUUCAUAAUUAAUUUUUAUGUCUCAAAACUCACUUUCCUGGGAUACUGCGAUAUUGUUAUAAUCUAUAUGUGUAAGAAAAAACUGUAUAGUUAGGUGUGGUAAUAUAACUAAAACUUUCAGUGGCGUCAAACAUGAUAGCAAAGAAGUAAAUUCUUAUUGUAAAUGUUGUCUAGAUGUGUUAAAAUGAUUCAACAUGAGUUAAUUUAAUGCUUUGAUUGCGUUAAUAUAAUCUUUUUCUUCUAUUUCUGAUUCAGACUUGAUUAAAACAUGUUAUAAGAAUUACACACUUUAUCCCCCCCACAAAUAGUUUGGUUGUGUUAAGAGUUGUCAUGAAAUCUAACAUUUAUUAAACGUACUAGUAAUUUACAACGCCAACGGUUAUUGCUGCAUAAUUGUUUGAAUUUUGUCUUCUGGUGCAUUAGCUAAAUGAUACAGAUUUAAAAAUAUUUUAAACACAAUAUGUUCAUUUUUAUAUCCAAGCAAAAAUAUAUACCACACAUUAACGAUGUGUUUUUAUGCUUUAUAGAGAUAAACAACACCACGUCAUUGUGUUAAAAAAUCGGAAUACAUUAUGUGAUAGGUUGCGAGAAAUCGUUUCUAAAACAAAAUUUAGUUCCAUGUUAAUGAAAUGAAUGCACACAUGAGAGUCAUGGAUGACUUAGUUUAGUUUGACUACACUUCCAAUCAAACCCUUGAAAAGUUGGUUCUUUUUUUAUUUAGUUCCUUUUGUGUCUUUUAUUUUGUUUAAACGUUUGUAUUUUGAAGAACGAAGGACUGAUUAUUCUAUUCGUUUUAUCGCACCGAUUUAAUAAAUAUCUCUACAUAUAAAACUGA